CAAUUCUGAGAGAAUUUUGAGUUUUGUUGUAUCCUGAAGGAUUUAAAUCCUUAAGAAAAAUGAGAUUACACUUCAGAACAAUUCUUUUAUUCUUCUACCAUUUCUUUUUUUUCUUAACAGCUUCAGUGUUCAUAGCUGAGUUGUGGGGACUUAGAAAAGGUUUUUGACUUUGCAAAGCUUUGGGUCUGACCCGAGUGGUUGUGGAAUUGGACUCACUUAUGGUAGUUCAUUUGAUUAAUAAUAAUGGGGAGCCAGACAAUCCAUCUGCUGCCAUAGUAUUGGACAUAAAAAAUCUGAUGCCGGAAUUUCAGGAUUGUAUUUUGCAGCAUACUCUACAUGAAGGGAAUGCUGCUGCAGACUAUCUUGCUUCCCUGGGACACAAUUCACAGCCAGGUUUCAGUAUUCUAAACACACCACCAGUUGGGUUGCGGCACAUCCUUGCAGGGGAUCAGUUGGGGGCCAGCUUCCUCCGUCCUUAGUUAUUUUUGUUAAGUUGUUUUAGCUUUUGUUACUGAUGUACCAAAAAAAAAAUUCACACAACAAAAUUGCAUUACAUAAUUUCAAAAAAAAAAAAAAAACUCAUGUUACAAAUUUUUGAAUGUUUGAUUUACUACUAAUAAAAUAAGUUACAAGGA